AUGGGUGAAUGGGGAUUCCUGUCGAAGCUGCUGGAUAAGGUGCAGUCACAUUCCACUGUCAUUGGGAAGGUAUGGAUGACCGUGCUCUUCGUCUUCAGGAUCAUGGUCAUUGGAGCUGGGGCGGAGAAGGUGUGGGGGGACGAGCAGAGUAAAAUGGUGUGCAAUACCAAACAGCCAGGUUGUACCAACGUGUGCUAUGAUCAAGCGUUCCCCAUUUCUCAUAUCCGCUUCUGGACCAUGCAGAUCAUUUUUGUGUCCACUCCGACACUCAUGUACCUUGGUCAUGUCAUGCACAUCCUCCACAAGGAAAAUAAACUCAGGAAUGAUCUCCAGAGCCAAUCAUAUGGUCAGGCCGGCAAGCUGCCCAAAUACACCAAUGAGAAGGGGAAAGUGGAAAUUAAAGGUAACUUAUUGGCUAGUUACCUGACCAGUGUGAUCUUUAAGAUCUUGCUUGAGGCUGCAUUUAUAGUAGGACAGUACUAUCUAUAUGGCUUUGUGAUGAUCCCAAAAAUUGUAUGUACUCGAUACCCGUGUCCCUACACUGUCGAGUGCUUCAUGUCUCGUCCCACUGAGAAAACUGUCUUCAUCAUUUUCAUGCUGGUCAUGUCCUGUGUGUCUUUGCUGCUGAAUGUUAUUGAGAUGUUCUACCUGAUUUGCAGGAGGUCCAGAAGACGUAAUAAAGCUUGA